GCAUGACAAAGUCAUGCUUUAUCUCAAAUUUAUUAAAACUGUUUUAAAUUAAUAUUUUAUUAUCCUUUUAGAAUUUAAUAUGGAUAGUUCUAAUGGAGAAACUAACAACCUCCUUAACGCCAAUGAACCACAGCAGAAUAAUCAAAUUACAUUAGAAUUGAUGGAAGCAAAUUCAUCAACCAUUUUAAAUAUUGAAAGGAAUAACUCCAUUCAAAUUACAAGUUCAUUAGGAGAUUUGACAUUUAUCGAAGAUCAAUCAGCUCAAAUCAGUGCAUAUCUUAGAAAAAAUGAGAAUGAAGAUUUUUGGACGAUUGAAAAAGUGCGAAAUGUAAUGAAAUUUUACAUCAAAAAUUCAAAUGCUUGCAUUAAAAACUUGCUAAGCAUUUUGAUGUAUGAUUGGUUCAUGCUGAGUAAAAACUCUCCAGACAGCUACUUUCUUAUGAAAAAGUUUAACUUUUUCAGCAAAUCAGAUGAAAAAACGCAUGAAAAGCUGUUCAAAAAAUUAUUGGAUGUGUUUGAUUCCUCGGACAAUCUUGAUUAUCAUGAACUUUGCUUAAAUAUCAUUUAUUUUUUAUUCAGCGAAAUUAAAUAUUAUCUUGAGAAUACCAAAGUAAAUGUUGACAACUUUCGUAUACUUGUGGUUCCAGAGUUGAUAAAAAUGACUUUGGACAUGACCAACAAAGAGUAUCGAACGAAAAUUCUAAAACUUGUGACUGCUUUUCUUGAUAACGCCGAUGAAGAAGUUUACCAAAUUUUAAAACAGAAAAUUCUUGAAAGUAUUCAGCACGAAGCCAGUCCACAUCAAUCAGCAUGCAAAAUCUCUUAUAAUGAAAUUAUGAAGCACUGCGAUGAGCUUUAUUUUAAGUUGUUAUUUCUUUUACAUGAAAAUCUGAUGAUGAGCUUUAAGUUUGAAUAUAAAGACUUUAUGGCUGUAUACCAAAGUUAUUUUGGAGAAUUUUGGACGUACGCAAUCAACCAAAAUGCACAACUUCUUUAUGUCUUUUCGUAUUUACAAGAACUUUUUGACACGAAAGAAUUCCUUUUGAUAAGCACAGAAGGAACUAACCUAAAAUCAAAUAUUACAUCAACAAUUAGGAAAGUUGCAGAAUUUCAAGCUGUUUUUGUUGAGCCACUGGAUAAGAUUCAUAAAAAAUUAUUGGAUCAAAUGACAAAUAUCAUAACCGACGAUGAUAGAACAAUAGAUGAAUUUAAAAAUUUAUUUUGUAGCACGCCGAAAGUCAGAAAAUUACUUUUUGGCAGAAAAGAUUUCAAAAGCGAAAGCCUGUUUGAGCAAAUCUUAUCAAUUAACAAAGACAUUUCUAUGGAAUCAUUUCAAGAAAUAUUACAACACAUCUGGAAUGAAUUUAAGUUGUGGGAGAAGCCUGAAAUAUUGACAUUGGAAAACCCUAAACGAAAGCAUUUAUUUGAUUAUGUGCUAGAAACAGAUAACGAUGCUUAUAUAAUUUCAUUUUUGAUGCCUAUAAUAGCUAAUAAAUAUGAAGAAAUUUGCAAGCCACUGCAUUUCAUGAUGCUAAAAAACUGCUUAUUUUACGACUUUAAAGCAACCAAAAUCGGCCAUGAUUCUGUGGAAAGCGAACAAGAUUAUUCUAAUUUUGGCUUAAAUCCAAAAUGCUUGAUUGAAUAUCACUUGAACUUAAUUGAUAAAAAUGAAAGGAUGGACUACGUAAAUACAAAGAACUUGUUGUACCUUCUUGAAGAAAUUCAUCAGUUCUGUCCGGAUCAAGUUGGUAAGAAUCAAUUUUUUAUGAAACUAUUCAAGAAAAUUUUGCAUGAAGAACCGGAAAAGUUUAAUGGCGAACAUGAACUUAAACUUCCAAGAAAGCACUUUUGGAUUGGCUUGAUGAUGAUUUAUUGGGGAUAUUUUGUAGAAUUUCAGCAUAUUGAAGCUGCUUCAAAAGAUAAUAAUACAAAAAAGUGCUUCGUAAUCCUCCACAGUACAUCCAACACUAAGGAAGACAUUUUGAAACUUGAAGGAACUUUUAUUCCAUACCUGCAUUUAUUGUCAUUGAUAAUCAAUAAUAAGGAUAAAGAUUUCGAAAAGGAAUUCCCAGUAGAAAUGAAAGAAAUGGAAAAUUCCUAUAAAAAUCUUUAUAAGCUGGAAGGAAAGUACGACAGACACCAUUCAAAUAAAGACGAAAAUGAAAUUUUCCAUUUUUAUGAAAAAUAUUCAACAAAUUUCUGUUUUAUCCUCCUUUAUGCUGCAAUUAAGACAGACCAGAAAAAUAUUGUCAAGCUGAUUUUCGACUACAACAACUUCUUAAUCAGCUGCCCAGAAUUUCCAGCAAAUAUGAAAGUUAAUGACAUCCAUCAUUACACAGUUCAAAUGUUUCUUGAAAAUAAAUACGAACUUGGUAGAGCUGACCUUCCAAAAAAUUGGAUACCGCAUGAAGUCAUGGAGGAAUUCCUAGACUCCCGAAUCACAUGCCAGGACAAUUUCUACAAGGUCAACUGCCAGUUCAUGUUGCCUUACUAUAAUCACGAUGAAAAAACAGAAAAAGUUGAUGACGGAGUUAUGAUGAAUGAGGAUUACGAAACAAUGGAAUACAUACUUAAUGAUUAUGAAUUAAGGUCGUUAGUUACUCAUCCAGUGAUGGAAAUGAUUAUUAGAACUAAAAUUGAGAAAUAUUCCAGGCUUUUCUUCUGGAAUCUGACGAUCUUUAUUCUGACUUACAUUGGUCCUACAACCUUUUUGGUGUUCUUAUUGCAUUCUUAUGAUAAUACUUUUGAGAAACCUGGAACAGAAGCUGGCAUUAAGAAUGGCUCAUAUAUUACUGAUUGCAACAAAACUUUAGAAAAUCUGAAUCAAACUUUCAACAAAAGUUCAUCAAAUUGGUUCGAAGAUUUGAUAUACCAUAUGAACGAGAAGCCUAGAUUCCUUCUUUUGAUUAUUUUCUCACUCUCUCGAAUAAUUCCAUUAUCAAUUAGAGAAAGGAUUCAAUAUUCGUCUAUCCAUGAGGAUAAUUACUUUAAAAAACUUUCAAACUUUAUUGAAAUUGGACUCAUCGUCUUGCCUGUUAUAUUCUCAAUCUUAACGAUGGUUUAUUGGUAUUUUAAUUAUGAAAGCCUAUUCGUCACUUUAGUUGUUAUUGAAGCUAUCAAUGUUCUGUUAAUGAUCAUCGCAACGGCAUUUUUGUAUCCUGUUUUAAAAUUCGCCAUUUACAUGAAAUGCUUUUGGACAGUUUUUACGACUUACUUGAUGAUUUUCUUGCUGUUUCUUCCAUUAUUCUUUGGAUGUGUCGCUAUGGCUUUUAUAAUAUUUGACAAAAAGCUUGGAGGGAAAAUUGAAGAAUUUCAUGGAUUUGGGAAUGCAUCAACUAAAUACAUCAUCAUGUAUGCUGGCGAAUUGGACAUCGAUUCAGAGAAAUUGUCAGGAUUUAUUCAAGUUAUUGCUAUAACAAUAAUGAUCAUCCUGAUCAUCAACAAAGUUAAUUUAAUUAUUUCAAUAGUCGUCAAUGAUGUUCAAAAAGUCAUGGAUCAGGCAAAAGAAUUCAGUUUGAGAUUGUACGCAAAAAAAUAUGUGGAAUUCGCUUCAAAAAUUCGAAAGUAUUAUGCUCUCGAAAUUGAACAAGAAAAUAAAAUAAGCACAAGCACAAAAUUGCUUUUUUGGUGGAUUAAAUUAAUCACCAGAAAAUAUCCCCACAUUCAUCAAAUUCACACGCUGUAUGUUGAAAAGAAGACAGGAUAUGUUCACAUUGACAACAAAAGACCACUCUUUGAGGGUAAAAAUCGUUAUAUGCGAUAUUUGAGGAAGCGAAAAAAUUGGGUUAUCAUAGCUGUAGUCAAAUGUUGGGAUAAUAUUUUUUCACACUUGCAACUUGAGACAGAAACAAUGAAUGAGAUCAAGAAAAUUGUCAAGAAAAGAAAUAAAAUUAGCGAAAAUUUAAAGAAAAGCAAUGAAGAUGGACGUUGCGAAACUGAUGAAGAAAACAAACAAUAAUGACCGAUAAAUAAAAUUUAAUGAUUUAGAUUAGCGAUUUUUGUAUUGUCAAAUUUAUUUUGUAUUUUAUUUAAAAGAAAAUGAGA